UGCCCGCUAAUUCAAUUUUAAAAAAUUUGUAAAAUAAAAUAAUUAUGUCGUCAUCUUCUGCAGUUUCAGCUGAAACGAUGGAGUCCCUAAUCCUUCAGCUUCACGACAUCUCCGCCGUCAAGUUCGGCGAUUUCCGGCUGAAAUCCGGCAUCUCGUCCCCCAUCUACAUCGACCUCCGCCUCAUUGUCUCUUACCCUAAACUUCUCUGCCAGAUUUCCCGUACCCUCACCGCCGUCGUCCCUCGCUCCGCCACCUACGACCUUGUCUGCGGCGUGCCCUAUACCGCCCUUCCGAUUGCUACCUGCUUCUCCACGUCCAACAAUGUGCCUAUGCUCAUGCGCCGCAAGGAGGUCAAGGAGUACGGCACUGCCAAGGCCAUCGAGGGCGCAUUUCAAUCCGGUCAGGUCUGCCUCAUCGUCGAAGACCUCGUCACCAGCGGCGCCUCCGUCCUCGAGACCGCCGCUCCUCUCCGCUCCGCCGGCCUCAAGGUUUCCGAUGCCGUCGUCAUGAUCGACAGGGAACAAGGAGGUAGGGAGAACUUGGCUGAGAAUGGGAUUGCAUUGCAUGCAAUGGUGAAGUUGAGUGAGAUGGUAAGGAUAUUGAAGGAAAAGGGGAGGGUAUCGGAGGAGACAGAGAAGAUGGUGAUGAAGUUCUUGAAGGAGAACCAGAAAGUGGCUGCACCAAUGCCAGGGGUUGAGAAGAAGGUUGAGGUUAGGAUUCCUUAUGGAGAGAGGGCAAAGAUGACAGCGAAUCCUACCGGGAGGAGGUUGUUUGAGAUAAUGGUGCAGAAAGAGAGUAACUUGUGCGUGUCUGCUGAUGUUGCCACAGCAGCUGAGUUACUCGAUAUUGCUGACAAGGUUGGGAGAGAAAUUUGCAUGUUGAAAACCCACGUCGAUAUAUUGCCUGAUUUCACUCCUCAUUUUGGCUCUAAACUUCGAUCUAUUGCAGAGAAACACAACUUCUUAAUAUUUGAAGAUCGGAAGUUUGCUGAUAUUGGCAACACGGUUGCAAUGCAAUAUGAAGGUGGUAUCUUCCGUAUAUUGGAUUGGGCAGAUAUAGUUAAUGCUCACAUAAUUUCAGGUCCGGGAAUUGUGGAUGGGCUGAAAUUGAAGGGUUUGGCUCAUGGUAAGGGCCUGCUCUUGCUUGCUGAAAUGAGUUCAUCGGGCAACCUUGCCAAGGGAGAGUAUACAGCAGCAGCAGUGAAAAUUGCCAAUGAUCAUCCAGAUUUCGUGAUUGGCUUCAUCUCUGUAAAUCCUGCAGCGUGGCCUAAUGGACCUGGAAAUCCGGCGUUUAUUCAUGCAACCCCUGGUGUUCAGCUGGUAGAAGGUGGAGAUUCUUUAGGCCAGCAGUACAACACCCCAUAUUCUGUCAUUUCUGAAAGGGGCAGUGACAUUAUAAUUGUUGGUCGUGGAAUUAUUAAAGCAGCAAACCCUGUAGAGGCAGCUAGAGAGUACAGGCUCCAAGGAUGGAAUGCAUACAUGAUGAGCUGUAAAUAAGGGAAAAAAAUAAUAACGUUAGCUCUGUAAAACUGUAAAAGCUUCAAAAGGCAUGAACUAAUGCACAAUGGCAGACACGAAAUAAGCAGAUCGAA